CUCUCCCUUUGAUGUCAUCACGUGAAUCUCUGAAUCCACCUGAAGGCUCACAGCAUUUGUACUGUAUUUAACAUCACUGUGACCAUAAUGUCUGGCCGAGGGAAAACCGGAGGUAAAGCCCGCGCAAAGGCCAAGUCUCGUUCGUCCCGAGCUGGGCUCCAGUUCCCCGUGGGCCGAGUGCACAGGCUGCUGCGCAAAGGCAACUAUGCGGAGCGUGUGGGCGCCGGAGCUCCGGUCUAUCUGGCGGCUGUACUCGAGUAUCUGACCGCUGAGAUCCUGGAGCUGGCGGGAAACGCGGCUAGAGACAACAAGAAGACCAGGAUCAUUCCCCGUCACCUGCAGCUGGCCGUGCGUAACGACGAGGAGCUCAACAAACUGCUCGGGGGUGUGACCAUCGCCCAGGGAGGCGUACUGCCCAACAUCCAGGCUGUUCUGCUGCCCAAGAAAACCGAGAAACCGGCCAAGAGCAAGUAAAGCCUGAUACAGGUGAAAUACUGGACAUAUCUACCCCUUCAUCAGAUCCACAGAGUUUAAUUCAUGGACAAAACUAUCUACAAUUUGGAACAUAAUCCCGUUUGUUGGGACUGUUCGCAGGCAGCUCAGUCGCCUCUCCUUCGGAAGAUGGAGUCGGUCUCCUCAAAAGAAAAACGAUUCACACGGAAUCUGGACCAAAAUCUGGUGAUGGAGGGGUUUUUGUUUCGCGUUGCUGCUAAAUGUUGUUACUGUGAUUUUGUGUGAUGUGGUUUAAAUAAAUUUUAUGAUGCAGGACCAGUA